AUUUUUUUUUAAUAAUAUAAAAAUAUCCUUCGGCUUCAGUUACUCGCAUGUGAACUUAUAGUCGGACUACAACGUCAACCUGCAGUUUAUUGGUUAGAUUUCACGCGUGUGUAUUUUAAAGAAACGAUAGCGCCCCAAGGAAAUAAAAAUAAAUAAUUGCAACUACGAAAUCAUCACAAAAAUUUUUCAUGCAGAUGAUACGCUUUGUUGUUGAAGACGUAAAAUAUAUAAUAAGAAUAUAAAACCAGUACCAAAUUAUCUAUAUAAACAUAUAACAACAAUAAUGAUAAGGUAGACAUGUAAAAGUGUUAUUCUGGAUGUUAUAGGUGAAUAAAAAUAAAUAUUUAUACAUCAAUUGACACGAAAAUUAUAAAGAAAAAUAAGUUGUUAAAAUGUAUGAGAAUUUAUUUAAGAGUCCAUUGCACCGUGUCUUUUUAUAUGGUACAUUGAAACGUGGUGAACCGAAUCAUGAGUUGGUUCGCGAUACUGCUAAUGGUUAUGCAAAGUUUUUAGGAAUUGGAAAAACAGUUAACAAAUAUCCACUGAUUAUUGGUACUCGUUUUAACAUUCCUUUUUUAUUGCAUAAACCUGGUGUUGGCCAUCAAGUACUAGGCGAGGUUUAUGAUGUUGACAGUAAGAUGUUGGAAAAAAUGGAUCAACUGGAAGAACACCCGACUUUUUAUACACGAAUGGAAGAUGAUGUUUUAUUAGCGCCAGAUAAACCAGAUUUUAAUUUUGAUCAGGGUAUUUCAUGUGCAACAAGAGCUCACAUAUAUUUUCUUCCAAAAUUCAAAAGCUCUUUACUUGAAAAACCGAUGUACCAAAGUUACAGCAACGAAGGAAAUCACGGAUUAAAAGUCAACUUUGUUGCGCCAUGGCCAUUCGUCACUUCAGCGGUCAAGAGACAGGGAGGCGCGAUUGAAUAUUUGAGAAAAUUAAUCAAUCCUUAAGUAUGGCUUCAUAAUAACAUAAGGUAAAACGUAACAACAAUAAGUGAGAAGGAUGAAAAUAUGCCAAGUAAAAUAAAUAUUAUCGACAAAGGAAGAUUGGGAAAAAAAUUCUUAUUAUGAUUUAUUGUUAACAUUUUUGAAGCACUUAGAUUUGUAUAAAAUAUAAUCAUUACUUAUUUAACAAAUCAAUAAAUAUGAUAUAUAUUUAUCACGUAUAUAAA